UUCGACCCUCGCAUUGUUCCAAUGGCAAGAGCCAAAGGCAUCACGAUUCGAAAAGAUGAUACCAGACGGAUGGAAGAAGAGGCGAAACAAAUGGAAGCAAAGUUGGAACUCUUGCGGAGAACCAUGGAUGUUGCUGAGCAGUCUGGCAAAAGUCCUGAUGGCAGGUGGAAGAGUGGAUCGAGUAGCAAACCUUUGACAAAAGGCUAUGUGAGGUCAGUGCUGGAGGCUCCAAAACCAAAGAAAUUUAUCGAUCAAAAGCAAGAGAAGGCAGAAGCAAAGUCGCCGGCAUCCGAGGCAGCUUCUUCCAGUCCAAUGACUCAGUUGCUGUCCGGGCGACAAACGGAGGCCAAAGGUGCUGCCUCAAACCUGAAGGCAGCAAUGCAGCACCAAGAUCGAGAUGCCCUGGAAGUGGAGGCAUUUUUGUGCUCGCUGAAGCUCGACAGAUAUGUCAGCCUCUUCAUGGAGCAUGGCUUCGAUUGCAUGGAUGUCGUGAAGGAAAUGGAGGAGCAGCAUAUGCAGCAAAUUGGAAUGGCUGCCGGGCACAUUCUUAAACUCAGGAAGCGCCUGGCUGAAAUGAAGCCAAACCAAGCAAAGCGUGUGGAACCAAGCAGAAAGGUAAGCUUCUCAUCCGAGGUUGCACAACAUGUUUCUCCUCCCGAACGCGAGUCACAAGAAGCAGGUGGAGGUUUCUCGAUGAACCUGCUGGAAGGCAAUUUCAAUGAGGAGGACUCGGCAGCCAGCUUCCAAGAGGCAUUGCAAGCAUGGAGACAAGGUGGCAAGCCUGCGGAUUCCCGCAAAGAGAAAGUGCCAGCAGCAAAGGCUUCUGUCGGAUCCUUUUGGACGAUGUUGGGCGGCAGCGAAGUAAACCUGGAACGCGCAAGCACACCAGGAAAGUUGCCCGCAGAGAGCCAGAGUGCGGAAACGUCAAACACAGCACUGGGCGAAGAAAAGCUUUGCUGCUAUCAGUGCUUCAAACAGUUCUAUGCACAGUAUGCAGUUGAAAGACCGGAUCCGUCUGCUGCUGGCGGAACGAAGAAACUCUGCUCAGAGGCCUGUGGAGACACCUGGUUGUCAGCUAUGGAAACCAAGAUGGAGGCUUUGAAAAAACGGCAACAGCAACUCCAGGAGAUGCAGCGCGUGCAGGCACAGGAGGAUGCAGCUGAAGCUCAGACACCUGCCAGCUAGACCUUGCGGCAUUGGGAUGUACUUAAAGUACUUGUGAAACAGAAGCAGAAAACGGAAAUAGUGCAAACUUUUGCACAUGGAG